CUUGAUUCUUCUUGUCGGCGUUUCGUCGUUUCAUCGAGUUCCAUCAGACCACAAGUCGUCGCUAUCAUCUCAAGCUUCGGGUCAUCUCCCAGGGGACAGUUCUCGGCUGUAUUUUCCGUUCCUGAGUGCGAGUGUGCUCCGUAUGCCCCCCGAGCCCUCAGGUGCUGGUUUCGCUUCACCAGCCCCCCCCCGCGCUUCUAGUUGGUGGGCACGACCUUUUUGCUCCAGCGAGCUCCCUUGGAUCAGGUACCGACGAACUGUUGGUCCCCGAAACCAGGCAAAAAAAAGAAAACAAAAACUUUGUACACCGACAGUCGGGCGUUGAGCAUAAGACCCACCGCUGUUUUGUUUGUGCAUAAUGGGGACGUUCCAGCCCGAGCCAACUCCCAUGAUGGACUCCUUCAGUGUCCAACCAGCCAUGCUAGACGCAUCCCUCGUUGGUGGCACAGAUAUGAGCGUCUACUCUGAUCCUCUGUCGCUUGAUAUGGCCUCCAUGCAACCUACACCCUUUGAUCCUAUGGAUUCCGUGCAGUCAAGCUUGAUGCAGGAUGGCUCGAGUAAACCCGAUACCCCUGACAGCUCAAUGCCCGCCAAUGGCAUCGGUGCUGGACCUUUACCUACCGACUUUGUGUUCCAAAAUGUUCACAACUCGAGUAGCACCCUGACUGAAUUCACGAGGAGAAAGAACUGGACCCAGCGCUUACUAGAGGAGCUCAAAGACUUGUUGUACAUCCUCACUCCUGAUGGCCGAUUUCUUUACGUCUCACCCUCGGCCAAGCAAUUGACCGGACACGACCCAAAAGACCUGAUAGGCAAAUCAAUAUCAGAUUUCAUCCAUCCCGACGACUCUUCCCUUUUCAUUCGCGAAUUCAAUGAGAGCAUUGCUACUGGAAACUCGAUUCGCUUUUUUCACAGAUUUCGCAGCGCUGAGGACAAAUACCAGAUCUUUGAGUGCCACGGCCAUCCGCAUCUUACUAACGAAAUCACUCAGCUUGAACUUUCAGGAACACCUGUGAGUCACACUGGGAUUUGCCGGGGAUUUUUCAUGAUGGCCCGUCCGUAUCCAACACGGACCUCCGAACUCCUGGAUUCAUUCCUGGAGCACAAGAUUGAAAAUUUCAGGCUCCAAGCCAGGAUCGCUGUUCUCAAGCGGGAGGAAGCCGAGGACGCGGACGCGCAACAGGAGCAUUAUCACAAGCAGGCUGCCGGAGUCACAGCAUCACGAGCUUCAUCAAAUUCAGCCGACCUCCCGCCCACAUCACCCUCCACGAGCGCCCGGCCAGAUUUCCCCGACUAUGGUGGCAUGCCACCGCCCGCCAAACCGACAGUAUCAAAUAUUGCCCUCACCCGUGAAGCAUUGGAUGAGGCCAAUGCUUUCGCCCGUCCAGACUCUAUACGGGACAAAAUGGCCCGAUACGAAGGCUCCUCACACGUCGACUCCAUUGAAAUGUUGACCGGGCUACGUUACCGCGAAGGCGAACGGUCUCACGGCAUAUCAACAGGAGGCACUUCGCCGGCACUUAUUCGUGGUGACGCAGGCAUUCAUAUUUCAAUUGACAAAGCAGAUGCACGAUAUUCAUAUAUCGACAAGAAACACAAGAAAGUAAAAAGCGCAGAGGAAUACGUUUGUACUGAUUGCGGAACGCUCGACAGUCCCGAGUGGAGGAGAGGGCCUAACGGUCCGAAGACGCUAUGCAAUGCUUGCGGGCUGAGGUGGGCAAAGAAGGAGAAGAAGAAGCAAGCUGCAACGGAUGGGAUGUCGUCGACUGCAGUGGGAAAUGCUAGCCCCGCGGUAUCUACCACUAAGACUGGCGAGCCAGGAGCCGUCGACGCAAUCUCGUCUAUGGCGGUUGGAAAUGCCAGCCCCAUGCCGCGCGUGGGCAGGACCAGCGAGACAGGAGACGUCGAAACCCCAUUCACGGAGGUGGGAACUCGCAGUUCUGCGGUAUCCACGUCGAAGUUCACGGCUAAGGCUGAGGAGAUGGGAGGAAUCGGAAGGCCCAGAUCAACUGCAACAGGAAACGGUGGUCCUAUGGUACCACUCUCGAAUACGAUGAACUGCGAAACAACGACCACGGAGAUGGCAUUUCCCAAUGCGGCCGAGAAUGGCUUUGCAGUAGCAACCACUGCUGAGACUGUCGGUGUUGAUGGUACUUUACCUACUUCUGCGGUCAAACAGGAAUUUAGCUGAACGGCGUUGACGCAAAGAGCAAGUCUCGAACUGGACGCUCUCGAUACGGUUGAGAACAACCGCAUGAUAAGAUCUGUCGGACUCACCUUGAAGGUCUGAUGCGAUGCGCCCCGCAGUUGCACAAGGCUAAAACAGUCUUGUAUGUUCACCAGCUCAAGGCCCAAACCCUCGGUGCCUCCGUCUCAGCUUAGUUCGAGGAACAUGUCCAUAAGUCGGAGCACCAUCCGUCGAGGCCGAAUGGCUUGCAUUUUUGGAUCAGCCGGAUAAGCAUCAACAUACGCAGGAACAAACACCUCUGGAUACCCCUAACCGGUAUGGCUUGAUGUACAAUAGUAAUGAAUUGAAUGAAUGAAAGGCGCACAUAGAGAAGAGAUGGGGAGGAUUGUGCAUUUGCACACGCACACGAACACAAACACGAAUACGAGUCGGACCACAUGGGUUUAUACAUAUAAUUGACGUUCGCAUGCGACAAAGUGGAAAGUG